AUGAACUCAACAACCCUCACCUGCCCCGUCACGGGCAACCCCGACCUCUACGGCCUGGGCAUCCGCAUCGGCAUCUACAUCCAGAUGCUCACCGUCCAGCUCUCCGGCCUCGCCUCCGCCAUCCUGCGCACCGAAGACUCCCUCGGCCAGGGCACAAUUAUCUUCGUCCUCGCCACCGGCAUCGUCCUGAUCCGCCUCCUGCGCGCCGCCACCGACAUCCAGCCCGUCGAGGUCUUCCCCAUCCUCACCCUGCUGCUCGCCCAGGUCGGCGUCUGCCGCGUGCCCUACUGGAAGGGCCAGACCACGGCCCUCAUCUACGCCGUCGAGGUCGCCGGCCUCAUCGCCCUCUUCGCCUGGUACUGGUGGCACGGCAUGGACACCCUGCCGCGGAAGUGCCACGACGACAAGGCCUUCUUCUUCGCCAAGGUGAGCAUCUGGCAUUGGUUCCGCACCCUGAACAAGGUCGGAUCCGUGUUUGCCAUCAUUGGUGGCGUCGUGUCUGUGCUCUUUUAUCUCGGAGCCAUCAUCCUCUUCACCUUUGUCCGCGCCGCCAACUUCGUCCGCCGGUUCCGCGGCGAAACCGGCGGCGGCGGCUCCAAGGAAGAGGACAACCCCAUGGGCUACGGCCCGCUCGACUUCCUCGUCAACGUCGGCGCCAUUGUCUACGUCGAGAUGGCGCUCAAGUGGAACGACAUCUCGGGCGUCCACAGCCUCGCCGCGCCGGGGCAGUUUAUGCCCUUCUUCAUAUCGAUUGCGCAGCUGCUGAGCGUGUUUUACGGGAUUGGCAAGGCGGCGAUGGCCAUGGCUGGGGAGGAGGAGAGUUUGUCGGAUGCGGAGUUUGGUGAGUUAUGCCCCUUUGUGUCAACCUGGUGGAGGAUUACUGUGCUGACAGAGUUGUUGCUAGAUGAGGGAGAUUUGCCUUGUCCGCAUGAGGAGAAGGGGUGGCUGUGGUCGUAUAGGAGCCAGCACGAUUCGCUUCCCCUGGUUGUUCAGACCAAUGGCAAAUGA